UGAUCUAGUCUCUAACAUAAACUAUUAGGCCUUCUCUCUUUCUCUCUCUCUCUCACUCUCACUCACUCAUGGCGUCCUCGGCUGACCAGCAACACCGCCUUCCGACACCGUACUGCACUACCUCAGCGCCGCCACCAACCCCGUCAGCACAACCCAACCACUCCACUUCGGAAGCCGCCGACGCUCUCUCUCGUCUCCUCCACCGCCUCCCGCCCACUCUAUCCCUCUCCCUCCCUUCUCGUCGCUCAUCCCCACCCACCACCAUCACCACUCCACCUACCAUCUAUCUCUCCGACCCAAUCCCCGCUCUCCACACCAACCUCCUUUCCGCUUCCCAACUCGGCUUUUUCCAACUCACCCACCACUCAAUCCCCUCCCAUCUCGCCCACUCAGCUGAGUCCGAAUCGCUCUCUCUCUUCAACCUCCCUCACGACCGUAAACAACAGUAUUUCACCAAGAACUGGCCGCUCGGCUUUGAUUUCGACGACGAAGAUGAUGAAAGCGGGUCAGGUGAAUCGUUCUGUCUUGACUCGUCUUGUUCUACUGAGUCAACCGAGUUGAACUUGACCUCUCUGCGUAAGUUUACUCUUGAAAUGGAGAAGGUAGGCUUGGAGGUGAUAGAAGCGCUAUCGUGCGCUAUUGGGUUUGAGAACCCGGUCCGGGAGGACCCCACUCGGGUCUCUUCUUUGAUGUGGAUAUCGGAGGGCUCCACCGGUAAUAAUAAACCAGGUCCAGUGGUUUCCGGUAGGUUUUACCCGUAUGUUGUCGGGUUACAUUACCAAAUCAGGUGCCAGAAGUAUUCCAUGUUGGCGGAUUCGGGUUGGGUUUGUGUCUCGCCCCAGGUGGAUUCCGUAUUGGUCACUCUCGGAGACAUUGCUCAGGUGUGGAGCAAUGGAAAGUUAAGGAAGGUGAGAGGAAGACCAGCGCCAAAUUUGGGGGAUGGCAAUCACCCACACACCAUUUCUAUGUCUCUGUUAAUGACCCUUCCGGUGGACAGCACCGUCUCUCCCCUCCUCCUUCCCCGCGCCACUGGCAGCAACAAACAGGAUGAAGCCAACAGAGAGGACAAUGGCGAUUGUGACAACACAAUUGAAGAGAGGGUACUGUUUAAUUCAUUUUCUUUUGAGGAUUAUGCGUGGAGAGUCUACCAUGAACAGAUCAUCCUUAAAGAUCCACUUGCUAGAUAUCGGGUCUAGAUUACGUUGUGCUUUUGUUGUCAACUAGUUAUGGUGGUGACUACUUAUGGUGGUGAUAAUGGCGUACGAUCCCUCGUCAGAUAGUUUUUUAUUCUUUUGAUUGGGAAGAUUAUGGUGAUUUGUUGUUGUUGUUUCUUAUUUUUUCCUGUGAGAAACUUGUGGGUGGCAUUGGCAUUGGUUCAUCUGAAGCAUUGGGAACAAGAUUUCUGCUGUAUUUAUAAUGAAAUUUGCUAUUUG